AUGUCUUAUAAGUCUGGUUAUAUUGAGUUCUCUAACGGCCCUCGCCGCGAGAACUCGAGGUCGAGAGUCGAAGACUCUCAACAUGUGUAUUGUCCUAUUGAAUCUGUACCCUAUGGGUCUUCAUCACUCCGCUCUCCCCCCAGUACUCAACAUACGACGUCACCUCACGAUCAUGGAGAUCGUGAAUACUUUGAGGCCCACCUUCCCGUGAUGCCGGCACGUUCGCUACACGAACGCCAAGUCGCCGCCCAUCCACCGUCUGUUCCCUCCUUCACCAGUCAUCAUGUUUCCCCGCCAACGCCAUGGAAACUCACCAUGUACUGGCUUGAUGGUAGGGAUCUGCCCUCUGACAAGAUUCUGCCCAAGGGUGGGGAUGACUACUGGGAGACACCUGAAUGCGAUGAGGCGAUAGAGAAAGCUCACAACGCGAUAGGCAUCCUUGCCGACAAUCUCAAGGCCGCUGUUGUUUUGGGUGAUCGCAUAGCCCUACUUCCCUUCCGUCACCUUCUCCUUGCCGACUCCCAAGAGGUUAUCCCACCUCCGGCUCGGCCACCACCUUCGGUCCAACUCCGGAACAUUCCGGGUCCGACCCCAACCUCGACACCUUCCAGACAAGUACGCAAAACCUAUGCUCCCGACUCCGGACCUCCGCUCCGGUAUCCCGUUCACGUCUCGUCUCUGGAACCUCCGGUCUUAGCUCCGACCUCGGACUUUGACCCCACCUCCGCUUAUACCCAUUGUAUUGGUUAG